AAAACUACUGACUUUUCUCUCUCUUUCUCUUUCUCUUUCUUUAAAAUUUAACAUUUUCACCCCCCUUUUUCCUUCCCUAUAAAUCUCUCACCUUCCCUUCCUGUACUGCUCUGACCCCUCUACGCCUAACGUCUUCAAAGCUUCCAUUUUCAUUUCCAAUUUUUUGUUUUUUUUUUUCAUUUCCAUGUGUUGUGUUUGUGUUAAGUGUUGUUAAUAUAGUUGAGAGUUGAGAGUUUUCAAGCUGUGCCUGUACAGUUAAGUUAAAGGAGAGAAUUUUCUUGUUUAUAAAGAAUAGAGGUAGAAACAUAGAAGAAAAAUGAAUCAGUGUGCGAUCCAGCAGAACAUAGUCACAGGUCGUGAAGAGAUGAGAACCUCAGUUUCAGACAGGAGAGACCAUGUUGUUUGUCCUAAACCACGCCGUCUUGGUGUCCUUCACGCAACCAUCAACGACCCUCAACCUGUUCGCUCUCUCAGAUGGAACCUUAGCCACCAAUCAGAGGCGUUGGAUCCAAGAGCAGGAUCUGAUCUUUUCGACAUCAUACUCCCAAAGGGUGGUUAUGGUGGUAUGGAACAAUCUUGUACACAAGUAUUAGCAUCGUCACCCCCAUUUUUUUGUGGGUCGCCGCCCCCAUUUUUUUGUGGGUCGCCACCUAGCAGAGUAGCUAACCCAUUAAUACACGAUUCGCGUUUUGGAGAUGAGAAGAUCAUCACCCCGGUGUCACCGGUGCAGCUUUCACUUUCACCAUCUUCUUCAAGGAAGACUGGUGGAGGAGGAGGAGGAGGAGGAGGAGGAGGCUGUGUUCGACCCAAUUUUGGUAACAAACCUGCAGUGAGAAUUGAGGGGUUUGAUUGCAGGGAUAGGCGCAAUUGCAGCAUCCCUGCAUUGGCAUAGAACCAAUUCAUCUAUCAACAAAAGUACAUAUAGAAAAAAGAUCAGGAGCUAAUGAAUUUUUACUUUACAGAAGCACAAAGAAGUUUGAUGAUAGCAUGAGGUGAGUUUUGAAGUUCUCAAGAGAUGGUAAAAGAAAGAUCCUUUGUUUAGUGUAAAUAUGUUUAUAAAGAAAGGAUUCUUCAUUUCAUUUCUUUCUUUGUAUGUAAUUAUGUAUCUUGUAAGUAAGCUCAAAUAAUUAAGAGGGGUAAUUAGGUUUAAUGGUUUGGAAGAGUAUGAAAUUCGGUUUUUCUGUGUUGAGAAAACCCCAUUUGGCUUGUUGUAUUAUAUAAGUAAAAGAAGUCUCAAUUGUGAUGGGAAGUUUUCUUCUUUUCGGGUUCAUUGAAGUUUCUAUGAAAGGCACCAUAUGGGAACAACAAUUUGUACAAAGACUUGCUAUUUUGAGUCAACUUUGUAGUUGUAGUCAUUUACAAUGUGAAUAUACCUUUUGUGUUGUUUCUUC